AUGCAGUUUCGCUGCCUGCUCCUCGCCUUUGCGGCUCAGUGCGCUCUCUCCUACGCUGCCACGGAAACUUUUAUCCUCCCCGACGGCAGCACCGCCGAACUUGACCCAAGCACCCUGAGCAAAGCCUUCAGCCCUGACGACAAUGGUCUAUCCACACGCGGGCUCAGAGGUGGGCCCGUGAGUCCCAAGAAGCUCUUUGCGCGUGACUGCUUCGACCCAAAUUACCCAGUUGUCUGCCAGGGUGGAAACUUGUGUUGUCAACCUGAUGAUUUCUGCUGUGAGGGCCGCAGCUGCGUCGACCCCGAUUACCACAACUGCUGCAAAUAUGGAUACUAUUGCAACAAGCCCGAUGUUUGUAUGUUGAACCAGUCUGGAGGGGUUUAUUGCCAGGCUCCAUGA